CGUAUACAUUGCGUCACGAAAACAUCGGCAGCUUCAAGCUCAAGCUUGACCAUUUCUGAUCGAAGCCACUGAAUCUUGUUUUUCUACGAACUUCUCUUUCUCUGAUUGAUCAAAGUCAAUCACGUUGUGGCACAGAUCGACUCGUUAGCGACGUCACCCUUGGGUUGGGAUCGAUUGAUCUCCCUUCAAAAUCCCCGAGAUCUGCUACUUUAAAAAUAAAAACAUCCCCAAGCCACGUCGCGACCUGGUCUAGCGGAUUCACUUCGACUUUGCUUGUUGAUCAUCAUUUGCAACAGCAGUCUUUCAAUUUAAUCCAAAAUGGCCCACGCAGGCCUCGUCCAGACCAGUUUGAUCUGGGUCGCCUAUGCCGUCGCUGUCGUUCUCUGUUUCGCAGCUGCCAUCAUCACAACAUUUACCUGGCAAACACCCCGCGAACGUUCCGUCGUUGUCAGCAUCGUCGCCAUCGUCAGCUUGACUUCUCUACUCGCUACGGUUCUACUGCUCCCUGUCGACAUCGCUCUUGUCUCUGCGACUGCCUCUGCAACACUGGGCGCCAAGAAGGACUGGGCUACUCCCGAACGCAUCGACAGUAUCCUCUACACUCUCAAGGUCGUCUACUACAGUCUAUACAGCUUCGAUGCUCUCCUCUGUUUGAUCGUCAUUCCUUUCGCCUACUUCUGGCAUGAGGAGUAUGACGAGAUCGAGGUUGAGGAGGAAGGCCGAACCCUGAGCAGCCGCUUCUUAGCCGCUGCCAAGUACACCCUCUUCUUCGUCGCAUUCGUCGUCGUUCUAUUCCUACUCGGGUUCUUCGUCCCUGCCGCCGGCGACAGCUCGGAGUCGCACUGGGAUCUCGAUUACUUCAAGAAGCUCGUUGCCCAAAACCAUGGCGAAAAGGCAUUGACUUUUGCACUGGGCCUUCUUCUCACCAUGGGCACAUUGCUCUACGUCGUUUACACUGGCGCCGGCCUUGCUCUUCUCCCUAUCUCGUUCAUCAAGGCAGCCCCUUCAAUUUCGGCUCCCCAGCUCCAUCAGACCACUGCUUCUCAACUUGAACAGAACCGCGAACGCCAGCGACAGAUCGAGAUGCGCAAUGCUGGCCGACAAGAGGGCAUGUCGCGAAAGGAUCAGCGAGAGCUCGAUGCUCUGGUUAGAGAAGAACAAACACUUGUUCGACGUGAGAGACUCGCGGCCGAAGCUCAGGGUGAAGGCCGCAGCAGAAUCUACCAAGCUUGGCUCAAGGUCUGCGCUGUGUUCCGCCCCAUCAAGCUCCUCGGUGGAAUCUUCCUCCUCCUCCUGUCCCUUGUCAUUUUCGUAUCGAUGCUCAUCACUGGUAUUGACAAGGCCAAGAACUCGGUUUGCAAGCAAAAGUGCGGUUACAUCCUUGGCCAGAUCCACGUCUUUCAGCCCAUGAACUUCAUCUUCGUCAAGUCUGCCAAGGCCUUCCCCGUUGACUACAUCCUCAUGGCUCUCCUGGUGCUUUUCUUUUUUAGCAGCUCCAUCUCUGGUAUCGCUACCGUGGGCAUUCGCUUCCUCUGGGUUCGCAUCUUCCAGAUCCGCAAAGGUCGCACUGCUCCUCAGGCUCUUCUCAUCGCGACUGUCUUGUUGGGUCUGAUAAUCUUGGCCACCAAUUACGGUAUCGCUAUGUUGGUCGCUCCUCAGUAUUCUACCUACGGAACCCAGACAUUCUGCGCCAACGAGCCUGAACAUCCUGGAGAUCAGCCAGACUGCCGAAACCACAAGGACAUGAUCCACGCCUGCUCCGAAGCGCUGAAGUACAAGCACGCCAAGGAUGUCUGCACACCAUCAGUCAUGUCAACAUUCCUCAACAGCAUCACAAUCACAUGGCCCUUCUUCGGCCUCGUCGACUUCUGGGCUCAAUUCGCCUUCCUCGGCGUUUUCCUCAUCGUCUUCGUCACAGCUCUCUUCCGUACUCCCAAGCUCAACCUCUCACAGAUCGACGAAGAAGCCGAGGCUGACGAAGAGGAGAGUCUCCUCGCUUCAACUGGCCGACGAUUCGGCGCGACAUGGCAGGAUGUACGAGGCAAGCCCAGCAGCUCUGGAAACGAGUCUGCUACCAACGGCAACGGCUCACAAUCCGCUGCUUGAAGUUUACGUAUGAAAUAGUAUGAGUUAGUUCAGAUUGAUGCAGGCAUCUUGUUAUUUAGCACGCCAACACGGUGGUUCGGAGUUUAGUUUCGCAAUAUUUGGGUAUCUGCUUAUAACACGCAAGGAAUGGUAAAUGGUAGUGAGGUCUAGCUUGAAAUUGAAAUCGUUUUAUGCUCCCAGCGCUACCUUCUUCUUCUUUUCCUUCUCCUUCUUAUCCUUCGUGAAUUGUACAGCCUUGUGGCUCCUCUCAUCGAAGCCAGCUUGUGGUCCUCGAUGCAUCUCGUACCAACACCGCGUACAGUAAACGUCAUCGUCGCACCCUGGACAUCGCACCGUGGCGUCCUCUAAACAAACGGUACACCAGCUUUCCACAUCGUCAUCUGUGUAGUUCGUCCGUGACGUUAGACGAUUCACCGGUUGGCCUGAUGGUUUGGAUGUAGGGACUGACGGUAAGGCGAGGGAAUCUUGGUCGGGAGAUGGUGCGCGUAGAGCAGCGAGACGGGCGGUUAUGUCAUCUAUAUCUGCGCUUCCAGCACGCUUUGAAGAAGGGAUGUCGGUGAGGUCGGAGGGAACAUCGGGAAGAGCGAUAUCUUCUGUUUUAGAAGGAGUUUGUUCAGGUUCAGGCUCAGAUUCUGGAUCGGGGGUUUUGGUCUUUGCGAGGGCUGCUUCGAGUUCUGCUUCAUCGCGGAAGCGGGCGAUGACUUCAUCGACAUCUUUAUUCAUAGCCUCUCCAUCAGAAUCAUCCGAGUCAUCAUGCUUUUUAUCCUUUUCGUCUUCUGUAUCCUUUGGUAUUGCGUCUGCGAGUUGUUCUAGAAGUGCUUUGACCUGUGCGUCGUCUGGUUCGGGAUUAAAUCCUUCUUCGGGUUGUACAUCGCCCAGUAGCUCUUCCAGAGUCUGGUCAUCUGUUUGGAAGAUAGACUCGUCUUCAUCAUCUACGGCUUUGGGAGAGUCCUUCUCUGGCGUCUUUUCUGGCUGGGGUGUUGGCUUUGAUGGCGUUUGGGUUGUCCUUGGUGCUGGUGAAGGUGAAGGUUCAUCGCCACGGUCUCGUAAUGACUUGAGACGAGCUGCCAAAGUAUCGUCUCGAGUUGGCGCCUUCUUACGCUCAAUGAGAUCAACCUUGAUCCUAAGGCGAUAUUAGCUGACAGAUCUAACUGAAGCUGGGGAUGAUGUACUCUGUUGAUACUGGCUUAUCCUGGCCUGCGCUGUUGCCCCUAAGGGCAUUUAGGCGAUCAAGCAGGGAUUUAUCGAGAUCUUUAGACAUAACGUGCGAGCUAGGGGGGUCGGAAAUGAGCCUCUAUGAAGAGUAUGUGACGAGUGAGGUUGUUGAUGAGAUGAUAUGAUGAAGCGAAGUGAGCUUCAGAUGAGGAUGGUGGGGGCGGGGUUGUUUGUGCCCAGGCUUGGCUGAGGAGUCAAUUUGAGGCUCAAAUUCUGGGCGUUGUUCAAUGGCCAUACACGUCACGAUCUUAUUUGUUUAAGCGAACAAAAGCGGACUUCAUCAAAAAUUCAGCCCUAUGGAUUUACCUAGGUGUAAUAGAAAGACGGCAUUCACCUCGACGUAGUGUAUGUGCCUGACGCUGCUACAAACAGCCCUGCUCUCCACUGCAAACAUCACAUCAUAUCAAGCACUGCAUUUCCAUUGUUGAAGUGCCUCAAUGACGCAGGAGAAUACAUUAUAGUCGAUUAUAUUGCCUGCCGCGUCAAUUGCGGCGGAAUAGGCCUUGCAUUGGGGUUCAGUCACUUCAGGAAUGGAGUUCAUCCUGAAGGAUUGCGGUGCCUCAAAUACGAAAUAGCUUAGAUGAAGAUCACCCAUUAACUGACGACAUACUUAUGAUCAGUCGAAUGACAAGACAUGUGAAUGCCUCUACUAUGCCCGUC